AUGCAGUCGUUUUGGAGAGCUCGUAAGAUCGACGAGGUGACGUCAGAUGACGAUAAGAUCGCUCCCGUGUAUCGCCUGGACGAGAUAUGUACGGACGUGCAAUCAAGUCCAUCGGAGGUGGUGAAGGAGGUGGUUGACUACAUCAUGCAGCGCCUCAACCACGCCUCGCCCUUCGUCAAGCUAAAGUCCCUGCGGCUGAUAAAGUACACGGUCUCGCGGGCAGGCACGGAGUUCCGCCGCAGCAUACAGCGCCACUCCGCCACCAUCAAGGGCAUGGUCCACUAUCGCGGACAGCCGGAUCCGUUAAGAGGCGACGCGCCCAACAAGGCGGUCCGGGAGGCAGCGCAGGAGGCGGUACAGGCGAUCUUCAACCCUCAGAACGACGUCAAGCCAGGCGCAGGCGCCAUGGGCGUCAGUGGCGGCGGCGCCGGUGCAGGUGGUUGUGGUGCGUCUACCGGAGGUGGCUAUAACGGGUAUGGGGGGCCUAGUGGCGGGAUGGAAGGCGGGCGGCGUCGGAUGGAGGGAUUUGGAAGCACCCCGGCGAGGGGAGAUGGUGGAGGGAGCGGCGGAGGGGGGAGGGGUGGCGGAGGAGGAGGCGGAGCAGGGGGGAUCGGCGCUGUGUUGGGGGUGAGUAGCGAGUCGAUCCGGCAGGGGAUCAGCAAGCUGGCGGGUGUGGUGGGGCAAGGCGCAGGAGGCUCCGCGCGGGGGAAAGCAGGCGGGGGGGAGUUUGAAGAGGCAGCUGGUGGGGGAAGCUACGUGGGCCCGCGGUUGGACUCGGUAGGGGGCGGUGGGGAUGCGUACGGGUAUGGAGGCAGCGGGUAUGGUCACGGAGACGGGUCUUCCUACCACCAGCAGCGGUACCCUGGUCCUUCCUCCUCCUCCUCGUCUGGUGCGUCUAAGUAUGUGGGUUUUGACCGGCAGGGGCGCACGUUCGACUCGUCUACUAACUCGUACUCGCCUGCUGCGGCACCUGCGGGUUACUCUGGCGGGGGGAGAGACAGAGAGUAUGGGUCGGACCGAGGGUACAGAGCAGGGGGGGGCUAUGGCGGUGGUGGGGGAGGGGGAGGAGGAGGAGGAGGAGGAGGGCCGUAUGGUGGGGGAGGGGGAGCAUAUGGCGGUGGGGGCGGGGGGGGAUAUGGAGGGGGAGGUGCGGAAGAGGACAGGGCAGGAGGGUGGGGCGAUGGGGGGCAGCAAGGGGAGGGACGCACCGAGGCAAGUGCAUGGGGAGGCGCGUCUGGGUCCGCGGACGGGAUGGGCGGAGGGGGGGGCGGAACAGGCGGAGGGGGCGGGGGUGAGGAGGAGCGAGUGGUGGAGGGCAUGACGGGGGCAGGCGGGGUGAGGCUGCAGCCCACACGCGAGGCGCUGAGGAGCUUCAUUGCCAGCCUGCCGAAGCUGAAUGCGGGCGCCGUGGCCCAGGCGCUGGAGACCCGCCUCCUCAGCAACUUGUGGCAGCCUCAUUACUCCCCGCACUCCCCCGCCCUCGACCCCUUUCCCCCCCCACCAGAUGCGUCUGAAGGCAAUACGUGGCUGAAGGCAAUGUGUGUGGUGGAGGCGGUGGUGCGGCAGGAGGGCGACCCUCUUAAAACGCGGCUGAAGGCCAUGUGCGUGGUGGAGGCGGUGGUGAGGCAGGAGGACGACGCACCCCUCUCACUACUGUCCUCCUGCCCGUCCCUUCCCUUCUCUUUCCUUGACUUCGCCCCGCAGACGCGGCUGAAGGCAAUGUGUGUGGUGGAGGUGGUGGUGAGGCAGGAGGGCGACCCUCAGUGUGACGCCAUUUAUGACUUUUUCGCCGACAAUCCCCACGUGCUGCAUGAGAACGUGGACUCGCCUCAGACGUCCCUCAGAGACAAGGCCAAGCGGGUACAAGAUUAA